GCAUUUUCUGAAUAAUGGUAUAGUGCCAAUAGUCUGUCUGCUGUAAGUCUGUUGGCGUCGAACUUUCCAAAAGGCGAAAACGUAUAAAUUCGGAAAUAUAUGGAAAUAUCCAAAUCUGAAGGUUUGUUUUGCUCCACUCCUUAGUCCAUCCAUAAUCUCACUUUUUCAACAAACUCCGGAAGCUUCUCUCCCUAAUUUCUCAUUGAAGAGGUACGAUUUUUUCCAUACCCUUUCCAUUCCAAUGAUUUGAAGAGGGAUUACUCCAUAGCCCAAGCUUCAUGGCCUCUUUAAAGCUUUCAGUUUCUCUGGAUAACUCAUCCACAAAACCAAAUUGUACAGUGAAUUCUUUUCGAGUUUUAGGCCAAUUUUCAAUCUCUUUGUUUCCUGGGACAUGUGGUGUGUGUACAGUUAAGCCCUUUUGCAAUUUGCAGCCCAUUAAGGUUUCUCAGGUACUAACUGAAUUUUCUGAUGAUUCCGAGUUGAGUUCUGUUGAAUUAGUUUCUGUUGAUAGUGUAAUUAGCCAUUCCAGUAGUGAUGUAGUUUCUGAGACUUCGAAUUCUAAAAGGUCGAGCUUUAAAGGAAGCUCCAGGAAGAGCAGUGUUAGAGUCUGGAGAAGAUUUAGAAAUGUAAAGAAAUUGAGAAAAGACUCAAACUUGAGUUCAAUUUCUUGUGAGAAUAGUGGUGGUGGCUCUGGAGAUGGUGGAACUGGAAGUAUUGCUAACAAGUAUGUUCUUAUCAAUUCUUUGUUGGAUAAUGAAAUUGCCGAAGAUUUUGAUUUGUCUACAUUGGAAUCUGAGCUGAGCUUAGAGCGUUGUAAUGCGAUUUUGAAGCAGCUGGAAAACAGUGAUGAUGAUAAAGCCUUUAGAUUUUUUGAGUGGAUGAAGGAAAACGGUAGGUUGAGGAAUAAUUUGGAUGCCUAUAAUUUGAUUUUUAGAGUUCUAGGCAGGAAGGGUGACUGGUACAGGGCAGAGAAAAUGAUUGAAGAAAUUAUUAUGGAAUCAGGCUGUGAGCUCAAUUGCCAGAUUUUUAAUACGAUUAUAUAUGCCUGUCAUAAGGGGGGACUUACGGAUUUGGGUACAAAGUGGUUUCAUAUGAUGUUAGAAAAUGGGGUUAGGCCUAAUGUUGCAACUUUUGGGAUGUUAAUGAGUCUAUAUCAGAAACACUGGAAAGUUGAGGAAGCAGAGUUUACAUUUUCCAGAAUGAGGGAUCUUAGCAUUGUUUGUCAUUCAGCUUACUCAGCCAUGAUAACUAUAUAUACCCGUAUGAGAUUUUAUGACAAAGCAGAAGAGGUGAUUGGGUUUCUGAGAAAAGACGAGGUGAUCUUAAAUCUAGAGAACUGGUUGGUUGUUCUUAAUGCUUAUAGCCAGCAAGGAAAGUUAGGAGAGGCUGAAAAGGAAUUGGUUUCUAUGGGUAGAGCUGGUUUUGCUCCAAAUAUCAUUGCUUACAACACACUGAUUACAGGUUAUGGUAAGUUGUCAAACAUGGCUGCUGCUCAACGAUUGUGUAAUGAACUUGAAAAGGUUGGGUUGCAGCCUGAUGCAACAACUUGCAGAUCAAUGAUUGAAGGAUGGGGCCGGGUGAAUAAUUACAAGGAGGCAAAGUGGUAUUACGAAAAACUAAAAAGUUUAGGAGUCAUGCCUAACUCAGCAAAUUUGUUCACGAUGAUAAAUUUGCAGGCCAAAAAUGAAGAUGAAGAGGGUAUCCUGAGUACCAUUGAUGACAUGAUGAAAAUUGGUUGCCAAAAGUCCUCUGUCCUUGGUAUAGUUUUGCAAGCUUAUGAAAAAGCUGAGAGAUUUGAGAAAGUGUCUUCUAUUCUAAAAGGUUCUCUCUAUGACCAUGCCCUAAAAAAUCAGACAUCUUGCUCAAUUCUGGUGUUGGCUUAUGUGAAGAAUGGCUUAAUAAAUGAUGCAUUGGAAGUGCUUGCCGAGAAGCAGUGGAAGGAUUCUGUAUUUGAGGAUAAUUUGUACCAUUUGGCUAUAUGCACGUGCAAAGAAUUGGGUCAUCUUGAAAAUGCCUGCAGAAUCUUCACUUUCAUGCCAAAAGCCAAAGGGAAGCCCAACUUGCACAUAUGCUGCACGAUGAUUGACAUUUUUAGUACAAUGUGUCUGUUCAAUGAAGCAGAAAAUAUUUACCUUAAGUUAAAGCAAUCUGGAAUUAGCUUGGACAUGAUAGCUUUCAGUGUUGUUAUCCGAAUGUAUGCAAAGUCGGGCGCUCUUGAAAAGGCUUGCCUGGUAAUUGAGGCAAUGGAGGAACAGAAGAAUCUUGUUCCAGAUGUGUAUUUGCUCCGAGAUAUGUUCCGUAUAUAUCAGAGGUGUGCAAUGCUGGAUAAACUGAAGGAUCUGUACUACAGAGCCUUGAAGACUGGAGUAGUAUGGGAUCAGGAAAUGUACAACUGUGUCAUAAACUGUUGUGCUCGUGCAUUACCAGUUGAUGAACUCUCCAAGCUUUUCGAUGAAAUGCUUCAACAUGGAUAUGCUCCUAAUAUAAUCGCCAUUAAUGUCAUGCUUGAUGUCUAUGGAAAAUCUGGCCUUUUCAAGAGGGCAAGGAAACUGUUCUGGAUGGCUAAGAAAAGAGGCCUGAUUGAUGAUGUCUCUUACAAUACCAUGAUUGCUGCUUAUGGGCAGAUCAAGGACUUCAAAAACAUGUCGGCAACUGUCAGGACAAUGGAAUUUAAUGGCCUUUCUGUUUCCCUUGAAGCCUAUAACUGCAUGCUGGAUGCCUAUGGGAAAAAAGGUGAAAUGGAAAAGUUCAGAGAUAUCUUGCGGAGAAUGAAGGACUCGAGAUGUGUUUGGGAUAGCUAUACUUAUAACAUAAUGAUUAACAUUUACGGCGAGCAGAAAUGGGUCGAUGAAUUGUCUGGUGUUCUGCUGGAGCUGAGAGAAUUACAACUGGGGCUUGAUUUGUGUGGCUACAACACACUGAUAAAAGCGUAUGGAAUUGCUGGAAUGGUUGAAGAUGCUGUGGAGUUAGUCAAAGAAAUGAGAGAAAAGGGAAUAGAACCUGACCGAGUGACCUACACUAAUCUGAUUAAUGCAUUGCGAAAGAAUGACAUGUUUCUGGAAGCUGUCAAGUGGUCCUUGUGGAUGAAGCAAAUGGGACUCUGAUGUUGAUGAAAGAGCUUGUAAAAAACAGAAUUGCUGGAGAUGCAUGAAGGUAUAUGCAGACCAAUUUUCUUUUGUACAGCCUUCAGGUCUGUUGUUUACUUUUGAUAUUUAUAUAUACUUAUAUGAUAAAAUCACAUUCUUCCAUCCUCAGGCUAAGUCUUUUGGCAAAGUUUUCAUGAUUACCACCACCAAUUUUGUAUAUUUCUUUUCUUGGCACCGUUGAUAAUAUUGCCAAUUUUCACAUUGUAACUGAGGAAUCUAAAUGAAUAAUGUAAAAAGACAGUGCUUUACUUUCUGCUUGUUCCAUUUGCAUAUAUGCUCUUUCUGUGGGAGUAGGGGUGUUAUGGGCUAGUGAUUGUUAUUACUACAAGGUCGAGGGUUUAAAACAUGGUUAGGUCAAUCCAUUGCUUUUAUUUAUUUAUUUAUUUAUUUUUCAAUAGUUAAUUUCAAAAAACCAAAGCUCUAUCCCUGCUUUGGAUAUCACCGUGUCAACAUCCUAUAGCUCGCAGGAGUGGAACUACUUUAGUUCAUCACCACUGCGCCUCUUGCUUUGAAAUGCCUAAGCACUCAGGUGACCACAAAGUAACUCCUGAUAAAAAUUUUGCUUCCAUCUGAAUGGUGCAAAAACUUUCGACAGCAGAGCAGUAUCGUUCUUUCAGUCGCAAGUACUACUGAUAUUACUGAAUACGGUGCACUCACUUUCAAGGAUGAUGGUGUCAAACAUUGAUGCCGGAUUGGAACUUAUGUGGCCAAUCGGCAAGAUGGCUUCUGUAAUCAGAGGAUUUGCAGAGCUAAUGCUUCUAGCAGAAAGCCGCAAAGUCAGAUUGCAGAGGAUGAUGCUUAAGAGCUGGUUUUUUAUUUGGCAGAGUUUAUAUGUAUGGUUUAAAAGUGGGAAAGAUUUCUGAUAUGUAUUCUUGAAAGCAAUGUUUGAACCUUUUUCCAGCCACUACUAAUGGAUGUUCUUAGGAAAACAGAUUCUAGUGAAACAUUAGGAACUUUCAGACAGAAACCUAAAACAUGAUCUACACAUGGGACAAGAAUCAGCCUUAAUCAGCCAGUUCAUGACACAAGUGCUAUGAAACAUAUGACUACAACUAGUUUUCGCAACUACUUCGCCUUCAGAGAAUCUCUUCAGACAAAUUGGGCAGACUUUUACUUGUGACCGAUGAUCACCCGCAUCCGAAAUGGUACUUGUUGUCCCAAUGACAUUAUCAUCAGAAAAGUGUUCAAUCUGAUAAGCAGGCUUGAUUUCAUAUGAGUUCUCCUUAAUGUCCUCUUCGAAUCUUCUGAAAAGCUCAUCGCCGAAAACCUGCGGAUUAAGGAUUUCUGGAUUGUCCACAUAGUAAGGAUUUGAUUCUUCUCCGUCAAUAGAGAUAUCCAACUCCAACACAAAAAGAAGUUUAGUAUGUUCCCCUCAUCAGGAAUUCAGGACUAAAAUGAAAUUGGCAAAUCAGGUCUUCAGCUAAUUCGUGUGUUGAGAUUUAUGAAUGGACGAACUAGAAAAAAUUGUUCAAACUUCAAAGGCCUUGUUGAGCAACUCUUUUGUCAAGUUAAUAUCUAACAAGCAUUGUCUUUCGGAUUCGCUAUAUUGCACGAUGAUUCGAGUCGGGGUAAUGUGUGUUGUGGGUAAAGAUAUUGGCACAGAUGAUACACAUGCCGCCAAGAUCGAUCUUAGUCUUAGCCGGCUGCUUUAAACUCCAUCGAAAGACACACGCUGAUUUUGUCAUAUACCCAGGGGUUGCGUUGGAAUUUGCCAAAAGUAUGAGGGCCUGAGUUGCAAAUAUGUAAUAGUUAGCAAAUUCCAGAACCGGCAAAAAAACUUGCCGUCUCCAUUUUCAGCAGUAGCAAAGAAUUGGAAUCAUUUACCAAAAUAUUGUGUUUGUACCACUGGUCGCCUG